CUAAAAUUUGAAACAAAAUGCAACAAAAAGAAAAGAAAAAAAAAAUGAGCUGCAAGUCAAAGCAAACAAGCUCGAGCUUUUGCAGAGAAACUCGCAACAUAUUCAAUUUUCGACAAAAUAAUUAUAUAAUAUGAAGGUGACUUUGAGCUUAGACAAGCUCCGACUCCUCCUGCAACGCUGCAUUUACUUCUCAAGAUUCGAGAACUGAAUGAACCAAGUGGUCCUGUCUCCUCCCCCCACAAUCACACACACUGUCAAGAAUGGGCUGCACUUCAUCCACAUUGCUUAACCAAGACGAAGAAUUCUCCCAAACCGGUGGUUCAGCCGCUUUCAGCCACCACAUUGUGUCCCUCACCUCCACUACUUACGGUUUGUUAACCCUUGACCCGCCGCCGUUGAACCGCAUCCAGCCGCGUUCUCCCACAACAGUCCCUCCGACGCCGCUUGCUCCGCCGCGGAUCACUCUGGGGUCUCUGUUUCCCAGUCCUCUGUCCGAACCGCGUUCUGUAAGGAGUCAGCCACUUGAAACUGUCAGCUCAUGGGAGCUCAUGUCUACCCUCGAUUCCUAUCACAUUCCCACCUUCCGUUUCUCCCCUUCGCCGUUUGCUACCUCGAAGCCCUUCAAUCCUACAGUCAAUAAACAAGAUGUGGCCCGGCAGGGGGAUGAGGAGAACAUUAGCCCGAAUCUUGGGGUUGUUCAGUCCUCGAUCGAGGUGAGGAAAUCGUCUGAGGGUUCAAGCGAUCGAGAUGAUUUUCUUCAUGGGUUUGAAAUGAUUUGCCCGCCAAAUGGGGAGAACAAAGUGGUGAUAUAUACUACAACUUUGAGGGGAGUGAGGAAGACUUUUGAGGACUGCAAUGCUGUCAGAUUGGCGAUUGAGGGACUCGGGACUUCGUUCUGUGAGCGUGAUAUUUCAAUGGAUAGAGGAUUUAGGGAUGAGUUGAGGGAAUUGAUGAAGGGAAAAGGGAGCAACGAGUCGAUACCGCCACGAGUGUUUGUGAAGGGGAGGUACAUUGGUGGAGUAGAGGAGAUGAUGAGGGUAGUGGAGGAGGGUAAUCUAGUGAAAUUACUUCAGGGAUUGCCUAAAGUGAGAGGCGGACAUGUGUGUGAGGGAUGUGGGGGAGUAAGAUUCUUGCCAUGCUUUACAUGUAAUGGGAGUUGUAAGGUGAUGGUGGAUGUGAAGGAAGAUACUGAGGAUAGAUCUGUGGCUGUGAGAUGUAGCGAUUGUAAUGAGAAUGGAUUAGUGCUUUGCCCAAUCUGUAGUUGAGCCAUUGGAGAAAGUGGAUGACUUUUGGUUCCCACUCCUAUGUUUAUUGGAGUCCUAAUGCAGCACAAACGUUUCAACGCUGCUGUUGAUGCAAGUAAUAGCAAAUGGCUUGAAUGAUGAGGUGAUGAUGGCUGUGCCAACUAUAUAUAUGCCUAAUGCCUAGUUAGUGAUAAUUGUUCAGUUGGCAGAGUUGGAUUUGGUGUAACUUACAAAUCACUGCGAUUCUGACUUAGUUUUGUAGUGUUAAUGUUAAUGUCAAAGAAACCAAUAAUGUCUUCUGCAGAUUACAUUGUGUCUUUCAAUAAUUUAUACUGUAUUUGGUAUUGCUAUUA